AUGAACAAGCUGUUGGUGGCCCUCGUCCCUCUUCUACUUGUCGUGAAUGCCGGUGUGCUGCGCAACGCCGAGCUGCCCGGCAACUUUGAGGGAAAUCAGCACCACGACGCGCUGCCCGAGACGAGCGCCGACCACCUUGAGCUUGUGGAAGGGGAAGCCGCUCCAUUGCUGCCGGAAAAUGGGGAAGCAUCCGUCGAUAGCAGCUGCAAUGGCGAGGAGACGGACGCCGAUAGGGAGAAGCGACAAUGCGGCUGCUGCGGGUGCGGUUGUUGCGGAUGUUGCUGG